AUGUGCUUACCUCACCUGGUAGAAACCUCACCUCUCCGCAAAGUCGAGUUUCCAAAACUCAAGAAAUUCACGGCGUUUGGCUGGAAAAGGGAUCUCACUGCCCUGAGGGCAACAGGCCGCCCGUCGAUAGACCCCACUAAAUGGCCUGCCCGCAAAACUGCCUUGACCUCCGAAUCCGACAGGGACGAUGGGCGUAGAUGGUGGGCCCCCGGGCGGGGCCUACCGUACUGCAGCUGCACCGCAGCCAGAACAACUCGACUCAGUUUUAGGUAUCGAAUGCAGCGUCCCCCGACUCCGACUCCAGAUACGCCCAUCAACUUGCACCUGCAAACGCACAUCUCACGAUCCUGGUUUGGCCGGUUUGCACUCGCCCUUGUCUCCAAACCGCGCGUCACAUUGGCGACACCCGGCUAUUUGCCCGCACUUUCUCUCAUCCGCCUCGUCUGA